UGCAUAUCCAGGCCAAUGCCGUGAAACAUUUUACUCCUACACUGUACAACAUUCCAUCGUGCUGAAGGACCCUUUUAGAAGAAAAAUAAGCGACCUUUCGCGUGUUGGAUUCGUUCCCUUUUUGGUGCAGUCUGCGUGACUCCUGUCUUUGUGUUUUGUCGGUGUUGUGUGGUGUCAGCUGGACCAUGGCAUGACAGGCACGAGCUUAGGUGGAACACAGGAUACUUUUCCAGAGUUGGAGCUUCCUCUGGGAGAGUAAGACGAAGGGCACUUGAGCAACUGUCCGAGCAGUUUGUCGUCACAACAACUCACCUGAAGGAAUCUUAACAGCAUACCUGGAUGCUAGUUAGUCAACAGAAGCCAUCUUGAAAAACGACUCUACAAAACAAACUGAUUACUAGUAUCCCCAUGUCCUACCUGGUCUAACCGAGAAGAGGACGCCAUGAUUCGAGUGAGACUUUUUGUAGGAGUUCUACUUCUAGCUUGCCUGUUGGGCGGCUCGCUAGGACAGACUUUACCGACGGUGUGGGACGUACAGAACCGGGAACAGUACCCCAGCCCUCGGGACGACUUCGCUGCCUGCGGCCGCAGUAAUUACUCCUGGGUCUGUGAUCCCAACAGAAUGUUCUCAAGAGAACAGGUCGAGGAGUUGAACACUAUCCUGGACGGGAUCCACAAGUCCUCGUGCCCGUGUGGAAUCCGCUGUCCCACGUCAUCCACAAACGACAACGGGUUUAUCGUCAUUCUCGCUGUAGUUGAGAACUACAGCUACCGUGGAGGAGAAGAGGAGUUUGCGCGGUGGUACCGCGAACACAAACAGACGGACGCCCGCUGUGGGGAGGACGCAGUUAUCUUCUACGACUUCAGCAUUAACAGGAUGACGAUCUCCACGGGUUUGCGCAACUUCCAGACUCUGACGGACAGCAUCACGGAGACUAUCCGGGCUCCGUACGACGCCAAAAUCAAGAGUCAGAACAGAGACGAGGUCUUCGAGGGCCUCAAGGGCUUCCUGGGUGUAGCCAGUAAAGUGUAUCACGGGACCUACACGCCUCCCGGGCUGAAGGUCUGGGCGCACUUGCUGAUCGCCGCUUUGGCGUCUCUCGGCUUCAUCUUCAUGGCGUCCAUCCUGUUCUGUUUCUGCACCAGCUGUAAGACGUUCUGGGGAGAGAAACCGGCGCCGGCACUGGACGAGAUGCCGGCUGAAGAGGAGCUCGGGAAGUCUGCCGGCAGGGUCCCGUUCUACCACAUCAUGCCCAGCGGCAUAAAGGGAGACGAUGGAGACAACCUGAUCGACCCAGAUGUAGACAGCUCGCCCACCGCUCAGGAGAUGCCAGCAGACGACUUCGCCAUGAUGUCUAAAGUAGCGGCGGGAAGGAAGGGCCGCCGUGUUUAAGCCAUAACGUGUCUGAUACAAAUGAAGCAUGCAGUUGUAGCCUUUGUGAAAGGCUAGAGAACACAUUGCAAAGAAAUAUUGAGUAUAACUUUAUCAUGACAGAGGGGUAUUACAGCAAUUAUCUUUCAUCGAUUACCAGAAGGCUGACGUUUGUUUGGCAUGACACUUAACAGGUGAUAAGGGUGAGAAUUACAAUUAUUUCAUAGGAGUAAGGGUAAAGGAGGGACCAUAUGGAAUGCUGAUAUAUCAUGUUGCUGUGUGUCACAGAACUUAUCAGAAAAUUGUUUGUCAAAAAAGGAAAACCAUGAUUAAACUAUGAGAAAAGCUUUAAAAACAAAUUAUGGUGGAGGGAGGUGAAAAAGUUGUAUUUAAACUCUUGAAGAAAAUAGACAUACAAAACAUCAGUUGGUGGUUUUCUACAUGUACAUAGUUUAUUGGGUACUUCUCAUUUUCUAUUGCCUAUGUAAGGACAUACAUGUGGUUUAAAACAAUGUUAGGUUGGUUAUAAUUGGUUCUUGGAAUGUGCAUACAUGUGUAUAUCUUUACAGCCUUUGUAUCAAAUAAAUUUACAUCUUUCAAAAUAUAUAUUACAUGUACAACACUAAGAGGGAUCAUUACAAAUAAUAAAUAUGUAACAUUUGCUACUU